AUGAGUCCCGCGCUGCUUCGCCACCCGCGUUUCGUCAGCCUGGAAGGCGGCGAGGGUGCGGGCAAGACCACCGCCAUCAAUGCCAUCCGUGACUGCCUGCGCAGCCAUGGCCACGAAGUGGUGCUGACCCGCGAGCCGGGCGGUACACCGCUGGCCGAGCGCAUCCGCGGCCUGGUGCUGAAGCCCGAUGCCGAGAUUGCCGCCGAGCCGCUCAGCGCCGAAGCCGAGCUGCUGCUGGUGUUCGCCGCCCGCGCCCAGCAUGUACGCCAGGUGAUCCAGCCGGCAUUGCAGCGCGGCGCCUAUGUGCUGAGUGAUCGCUUCACCGAUUCCAGCUAUGCCUACCAGGGCGGUGGCCGUGGCCUGGAUCCGCAGUGGAUUGCCGACCUGGAACGCCGCGCGGUCGGCCUGUUGCCCGGCCUGACCCUGCUGCUGGACGUGGAUGUGGCGGUAGGCCGCGCGCGCGCCAACGGCCGCGACCUGUGGCCGGACCGCAUCGAGAGCGAGCAGGACGAUUUCUUCCAGCGUGUGCGCGCCGUGUUCCGCAGCCGCGCGCAGCAGGACCCGCAGCGUUUCGCGCUGAUCGAUGCCGGCCAGGUGCAGGAACGCGUCGCCGCUGAUGUGCAGCGCGCGUUCGAGCAGACCGUGGCUGCGCUCGAUGCCGAUCGCCUCGGCCACGGCCUGCUGAUCUGCGGCCCGGCCGGUCUGGGCAAGCAUGAGGUGGCGCUGGCGCUGGCCGACCAUGUGCUGGCACGUGGCGACGCUGCACAUGCCACGCGCACGCGCCAGCUGAUCGCCGCCGGCACGCAUCCGGACCUGCAGCUGGUCGGCUUCAUUCCGAACAAGAGCGGCGACAAGCUGCGUACCGAGAUCGUCAUCGAGCAGGUACGCGAGAUCACCAACAAGCUGGCGCUGACCCCGCAGUACGGCGUGGCCCAGGUGGUGAUCGUCGACCCGGCCGAUGCGAUCAACCGCUCGGCGGCCAAUGCGCUGCUGAAGACGCUGGAAGAGCCGCAGCCCGGGCGCUACCUGUGGCUGAUCAGCAGCGACCCGGCACGCCUGCCACAGACCGUGCGCAGCCGCUGCCAGCGCCUGGAGUUCAAGCUGCCGCCCCGCGACGAAGCACUGGCCUGGCUGCAGCAGCAGGGCCACAGCGAAGCCUCGGCGCGCGAAGCGCUGGAUGCCGCGCGCGGCCAUCCCGGCCAGGCCGACAACUGGCUGCGCGAAGAUGGCCUGAGCCUGCGCCGCGAAGUGGGCCGCGAGCUGGAGCAGCUGGCCGCCGGCAAGACCGGCGCGGUGGAGCUGGCGCAGAAGUGGUGCGGUGAUGACAACGCGGCGCUGCGCCUGCGCUUCGCUGCCGACCUGGCACUGGCCCAGGCCAGCACCGAUGCCUUGACCACGCCGGAGCGAUUGCACAAGCUUGCGGCCUGGUUCGAUGCGGCCAACCGCACCCGCGACCUGCUGCGCACCACGGUGCGUGCAGACCUUGCGGUGGUCGAGUUGCUGCUGGCCUGGAACAAGGGCAUCCUGUCCCUGGCCGUGAAGGACAAAGCCGCGCUGUACAGCGCGUACAUGCCGUUCGUGAAGAACGGCGGCAUCUUCGUGCCCACGCCCAAGCGCUACUUCCUGGGCGACGAGGUGUUCCUGCUGCUGACCCUGCCCGAUUCCAGCGAGCGCCUGCCGGUGGCCGGCAAGGUGAUCUGGGUGACCCCGGCCGGCGCGCAGGGCAACCGCACCGCCGGCAUCGGCGUGCAGCUGGCCGAUGGCGCUGAAGGCGAGGGCGUGCGCCACAAGAUCGAGACGAUGCUGGCCGGCCUGACCAGCUCGGACAAGCCGACCCAUACGAUGUGA